UACUUUGUAGAUCAAGGAAAUCUGACCUUUUGUAGAAAUGCUUAAGUUGGCUGCAGAUUUGCUUGUUAAUGCUUCUGAAUCCUCAGACUUUCAGAUUAUUUACAAGUUUACACAGAUUUUUCCCCCCAUACACUUUCAAUGUGGUAAGUCUGAUGGGAUGAGAACAUCUAUCUCUUAAUAGUUCACAGUAGGGAUGUUUACCGAAUAUGAUUUUGUUAACCCGCCAAUUUCCAGUCUACUAUAUGCCUACAGAUACAGAAUAAGUUAAUUUUCUUGGUUGGACGAAUACAGAUUGGACAGAUAAUGACGUCUCUGUACACCUGUAGUUCACAGGACAGUGACGAUGUGUCCCCGGGUCCCAGCUGUGUCUCCAUCAAGAGUGAUGGGUCCAGGUUCCAGCCACUCAACUUUGGUGAUGAUGAGUUAAAACGUUCACAGGACAGUGACGAUGUGUCCCCGGGUCCCAGCUGUGUCUCCAUCAAGAGUGAUGGGUCCAUGUUUCAGCCACUCAACUUUGGUGUUGAUGAGUUAAAACGUUCACAGGACAGUGACGAUGUGUCCCCGGGUCCCAGCUGUGUCUCCAUCAAGAGUGAUGGGUCCAGGUUCCAGCCACUCAACUUUGGUGAUGAUGAGUUAAAACGACAGCAGAGUGAGGAGAUGUCCAGCCCUUCAGAGUGUGUGGAGGAUGUUAGAGAUCCAGCUGAUACCGAGGAAGUCACAGUUGUUGCAGGGGACAGCCCUCCUUUGAAAGCAAAGAAGAAUCUUAAAGAAGCAAUGCAAAAGAAGUUCACUGUGACGUACGAAGGCCAUGGUGACCAACAGACUUCUCUGAAAAGCAUUUACACACAACUUUCCAUUAUCCAUGGAGAGGACAGAAAUCCACAUGCAGAGCAUGAGUUCAGUCACCUUACGGCUAAAUCGAGACGACGAUCUACUGAACAGUCAGUCGGCCUCAAUGACAUCUUCAGACCGUUGCCUGGCCAAGAGAAACCCCCCAGAACAGUUGUGACGAAGGGUGUUGCAGGAAUCGGAAAAUCCUUUUCUGUGCAGAAAUGUAUUCUUGACUGGGCUGAGGGGAACGCAAACCAGGACAUUGAUUUUGUUUUCAAUCUUGCUUUCCGAGAGAUGAAUUUGAGCACAGAAAACAAAAGCUUGCACAAGCUCCUGACUGAAUUUCACCCCGCACUGAAGAGUUUGACUGACUCAGAAGAUUUGGUCAAAGCCAAGGUUCUAGUGAUCCUGGAUGGCCUGGAUGAAAGCAGAUUUGAUCUGGACUUUGAGAACAAGCUACAAGUUACAUCUGUCAGUGAAGUAACAUCUGUGGCUAAUCUCCUAACAAACCUCAUCCAGGGAAACCUCCUUCCUCAUGCUAACCUGUGGAUAACAUCUCGUCCAGUAGCCACCCAUCAGAUCCCUGCAGAGUUCAUCGACAUGGUGACCGAGAUACGAGGGUUCACUGACCCACAGAAAGAAGAAUACUUCAGGAAGAGAUUUAGCAAUGACUUGAGCCUUGCUGACAGGAUCAUUUCACACAUUCACUCUUCACAGUGUCUCAACAUCAUGUGCCAGAUCCCGAUCUUCUGCUGGAUGUCUGCUCUAUUAUUUCAGGAGAUCUUUGGGGGAGACGAGAAAGCUGAAAUACCUCAAACCCUUACGGAGAUGAUGGGGCAUUUCCUGUUGGCCCAGACAAGAUUAAGAAGCAACAAAUAUGACAAGAUGACUGAGGAAAACAAAGAGAGACUUCUGACAAGGCACCGAGAAUUUCUUCUGAAACUUGGCAAGCUUGCAUUUGUUCAGCUACAGAAGAACAACCUCAUCUUCUACAAUGAAGACCUGGAAGACUGUGGCAUUGACAUCCAAGAGGCAACCAUCUACUCUGGAUUUUUCAACGCAGUUCUCAGGGAAGAAGAAGUCUUUUCACAGAAAAAGGUCUUCUUCUUUGUGCACCUGACCGUACAGGAGUUCUUUGCAGCUCUUUUUGUGUAUGACUGUUUCACAAACAACAAUACAGAAGAGCUCGGCAACUUCCUUGAUCUGAAGGACAAAGAACAUACUUUGUUGGAUCUUCUGAAGAUGACAGUUGACAAAGUGUUGGAGGACAAGAACGGCCACCUGCACUACUUCAUGCGCUUCCUCCAUGGCCUUUUGGUAGAAUCCAACCGGAGAGUCCUUCAGGGUCUGCUGACAUCACCAGAACCAAGCCAAGAUACUGUCAAGAAAAUCUUGACUCACCUCAAAGCAAUCAGACGAAAGGGCCUCUCUCCAGACAUUUCCAUCCACCUCUUCCGGACCAUGGUGCAGAUGAGAGAUCACAAAGUCAAAAAUGAGAUCGAGGAGUAUCUCAAAUCGCCAGAUCGUUUAAAAGCAGAGCUGACGCCCCUGCACUGCUCUGCGCUGGCCUACAUGCUGCUAGUGUCAAAGAAUGAUCUGGAUGUGUUGGACUUGAAGAGUUACAACACAUCAGAUGAAGGCAGGAGGAGGCUGAUACCAGCUGUGAGGGUCAGCAGAAAGGCUAUACUCACAGACUGCAAAGUGACUGCAGAUUUGGUGCAGCCCUUGGCUGCUGCUCUCAAGUACAACUACUCAGCUCUGAGAGACCUGGACCUCAGCAACAAUGACCUGGAAGAUUCAGGAGUGGAGCAGCUUUGUGGUGGACUAUCGAGCCAAUCCUGCAGACUGGAGACACUGAACUUGUCAGGUUGUCUGGUCACUCAGGAGGGCAGUGCUUAUCUGGCCUCAGCUCUACAGUCCAACCCUUCCCAUCUGCAAGAGCUGGAUCUGAGCUACAACAAUCUGGGAGAGUCAGGAGAAGAGAUGCUGUCCGAGCUGAGGAAGGAUCCACGAUACAAGCUCCGCACACUCAAUUUUGAACAUGGUGGAAGUCACAGAAUGAAACCAGGCUUUAAAAAGUAUGCCUGUGAGCUCACUUUGGACCCCAACACAGCCCACAAGAACCUCCAUCUCUCUGAAGAGAACAGAAAGGUGACCUGGGUGGAAGAGGAGGAUCAAAAUCCCCUUCACCAAGAAAGGUUGGAUCACUGCAGACAGGUGCUGUGUGAACAGGGUCUGGGUGGCCGCUGCUACUGGGAGGUCAAGGUGUUCGGACCCUUAAGCGUUGGGGUCACUUACAAAGAUGCUGAUAGGAAAGUGAAGACGAAUAAGGUUAAGAUGGGAUACAAUGACAAGUGUUGGUGUCUGUUUUGCUCGAAUGAUGGUAAUUAUGUUUUGCACAGCAACAAAAAAGUCGACGUGUCCUCACUUGGAUGGCGCUCCAGUUGGGUGGGAGUGUAUCUGGAUCGGCCGGCUGGCACAUUGUCUUUCUAUAGAGUUUCCCCCGACAGCCGUACCCGCCUCCAUACCUUCAAAGCAACGUUCGGUGAAACCCUCUAUCCUGCGGUUGAACUUCAACAUGCUCAGUCUUCUGCUUUGUUUUGUCAGCUAAUAUAAAAUACCUUUCAAUGCACUGUCUCGCUAGUUUAAACAGAAUGUCCUACUGUCUUAUAGAUUUUAGUUGUAGACUCUUAGUAAACAUUCAGGACCAGGUAAAAGUUAGGACACACCCUCUCAUUCAAAUAAUAAUUAAUAUUAAAGACAUCAAAACUCUGACGGAACACAUGGAAUUAUGUAGUAAACAAAAAAGUGUUAAACAAACCAGAAUAUUCAGAAGAUUCUUCAAAGAAGUCUUUGACCUUUUGUUUUGAUGGUCUCAAACACAGUAAGAAGUAGAGGUGUGAAUCAGCUAAUUGGCCCCACGAUUUUAUCUCGAUACUUGAUACGAUAUUAUUGAGAUUUUAAGCAUUUGCGUUAUGGGGAGUAUUGAUACAAUAUAUUGCGAUUUAACUGUUUAACUGCAUUUUGUGUCCACAAAAUUAAACUCAAUCAAGAAUUGUUUUCUCCAAUAAGAGAAAAUUCUCAGUCUAUUCAGUCUAUUUCUCCAAAAUGUAGUAAAACUGAACUGAUAUCAAACAUGUAUGGACGACAACAACUGCAGCAUUUUAUCAAACUUUCAAAAACGGCAAGCUUUACUACUCUCAAUUUUUUCGACUAUCCAUAAAAAAGCCAAACUUUUCAGCGUUAUUUCCACAACCUCCCGACUUCCUGACGCACAUGGUGCCUAUAGAUUCCUUAUACACACUCCCACACUGCCCCAGUUGGCUUUGUGGUUUUCUAGUCUGCCUCUUUCCUGUCAACACAGUUUUGACACCUGCAUCCUUUGAGAAAAAAAAAUCCUCUUUUGAUGACAUUUAUCAUCAGUGGUGGGUUUGAUUCGAGCCUGACACGAACCGCUCGAACGGGCUACAAUGACAGCAAGGCCAAGUGGCCUUGCCCCUAAAAUGACAUAAUUCCGGGCCUGCUUGGCGGCCAUGAAUCAAUAUAAUAUUGGCACGCAAAAUAUCGCAAUACAAUGCUGUAUCGAUUUUUUCCCCCACCUCUAUUCUAUCCAGGUGAGUAGCUCAUGAAUCUGACUGAGAGAAUAAGAGAAGUGUGCAAAGCUGCCAUCAAUGCAAACUUUGGCUACUUUGAAAAAUCUAAAACAUAUUCUGGUUUCCAUAUGUGUUCUUUCAUAGUUUUUAUGUCUUCAGUAUUAAUUUACAAUGUUGAAAAUAAUAAAAAUAAUGGAAAAAACCAUUGAAUGAGAAGGUGUGUCCAAACUUCUGACUGGUAUCAGUGUGAGGUUUCCUCCCCAUAGUGCUGGGCGGCACAUAGGGCAGCAAUAUUCCGCCAAACUUCCUUCAGUCUUUGGCCAGUUUCUCUGUUUCCCCCUCUCUCUGUUGGUGGUGCUGCAGUUCUUUUCCUAUUGUCCUGUGCCAUGUUAUUUUGGGCCUUCCCUUUGGUUAUUUUGCCUUCUGUGGUUCAGUGUAAUGCGACCCUUGGGAUUGCUUUGGUGUCCAUUCUGAGCACAUGGUCCAUCUCUGGAGUGUUCAGAUUGUGAUUUUAUUACUUUAUUGCAGGUUAUGAAAUUACAAAUAUUAACAGAUUCAUCACAUAUUCAAUUCAUCCUGCCACAUUUAUGCAUUUUUUACAAGAGGUAAUGCCAAAAGAAUAAAUAAAUAAGUAAAUAAGAUAUUCAUUUUUAAUUGUUUGCUUAUUCAAUGAAUUGUUUCAUUAAGGAAAAGAAUGGGGUGUUUUCCACUCCAUUUAUUUCCAUUACCAUUUACUCCAGUUUCUUUUAAAUUCUUCUUCUCUGUUUCUUAACUUGUAGGUGAUUCUUUCCAUUUCCUUAAUCUCAUCUACUGUUAUUUUCCAUUUGUCGAUGCAUGGUGAAUUAACGUCCAACCAAUUUCAUGUGAUCUGUUUUAAUGCAGCUAUACGUAUCACUGUAUACAGAUAUUUAUCUCCUUCCGUCUCAAUUUCGGAUGGAAUAAUACCUAAAAGAAUAUUAAGUGGUUUUAAUGGCUUCUUUAAAUAAAAUGUACUGAUGAUUUUCUCCUGAACUGCCCUCCAGAAUGUUAAUUUUCCAGGCAAAUUCUUUCCAAUACUUUGAUUGUGUUGUCUUAAAUAUUCUUUUACAUUCUUCUUCUGAUAUUCUUAUUGCCAGUUCCUUUUCCCAUUUUUCUUUAGUGUUAUCUACAGAUUCUUUUGUUUCCUGUAGAAUUUUACACAGUUUAGAGAUUCCAGUAUUAAAACUAUUUCUAUUUUUGUUUAUGAUUAUGAGAUUGUGAUUUUAAGGAGGUUAUUAUUAAUGGUCUUUUGGUCAGGAUACAUACAUACAAAGAUCCUACGUAUUUUGUGAGUGUCCUGUUGUUUUCAAGCAUUCACUAUUGUAAAGUAGUGUUGAUAGUACACAGCUUUGUUAGAUAUGCAGUCUGGUUAUGGGGAUGUCUUGAGUUGUCUUUUUCAGAGAAGUUUGUGUGUGAUUUAUUGAUCUUGCUUUUGCUUGUACCACCAUUGUGAUAAAUAUUGAUUGUAAUUUAUGCCAUUAACAUUUCCAGGGAGAACUGUAAAUCCAAUUUUCUGACAUUUCAUUGACAUAACCACUAAUCUAUGAAUCAAGAAAGUGAAGACUGAAUGUUUUAAAGUAAUCUUGUAAAAGUAAUUUACCACUGAUUACAUGGGCAACUUUGAACUGAAAGUGUUGUUGUUGUUGUUUUUAGAUGCAGGAAGUACAUAAUCCAGGAAAUUGUUCCUGAUUUUGUGAGAGCAGCUCUUUGUUAAAUCUAUUGUAUUUUGUACUGUAUUUUUUUCAUGCUGUACUCAUACACUGUAUAUAAAUAAUGCCAUUGUCGCCAACAUUGUUGAUGGAAACUGGGAGAGUCCAUAUUUGGGGCGGGAGGACAGGUUGCUCUAAAAAUAAAAGCGGUUUUAAAUCACAAAAUUGUUCAAAAAAACGUUGAAGUGAAAACGCACAGUGAAAGGGUCAAAAUUCCAAUGAAAACAUGGCAAAUAAGUCCACGGCUGUUUAGAUAUACACGUUGCCGUGGAUACGCUUUGUUUUGUUCUGCUUCUAUCCUGAUGACGGCUCGCCAUGUUAGCGACCUGUCAAUCAAAAGGUAGCCCCGCCCCAAAUUACAAGCUUCUUUAUCAUCUAAAUGGGACUAUUAUUAACACAUUAACAUCAUAUUGUCUUGAAAAAGACUUGAAACUAGAGAUUGGGACCUUUAUGUUGCCAUGAGAAUUAUUUCUGAGGAAAUAAAUCAAGUGAAAGUCGUCUCAUUUUGUAUUGAGAUAGAUAGGACCGGAGUUCUUCUGCAGCUGAAGUAUUAUGUUAUCCAUCAAAUUCUCAUAAACACAAGUUAAAUAUGGAGAAAGAAACUUGAAAGAAAUAACAUAUUACAUAUAUA